AUGGUUGUUGUAAAACUGUCAUUUCAGUCUGCUUUUGUCAACCAAAUACCAACAUUAUCGGAAAUUCGCAGCAUCAACGAUCCUGAACUGAACAGUAUUUUCGAAGUCGAAACUACUGAAAGACCUCCAGAGCCACAGUUUUUAGACAAUGGUUACAGUUGGAAGUGGAAGACUAAAGAGAUAUUAAUAGAAAGAGAUAAUGACUUCAAAGCUUUUGAGCAAGACAGCAGAGAACGUACGAGACAAAAUGUACAUCAUUUGGCGCAGGCCGGAGCUGAAGCUUUCGUUAGCGGAGCAAAAGCUUUUGUUUCUGGGGCACAACAGGUCGGCGAAGCCUUUGGUGUCAGUUCCAGCGAUCUGCUAGACGUUGGUAGGGCAUUUUUAGGCAAACGGUAG